AGAGAGAGAGAGAGAGAAUUGACAAAAAAAAAUGGCUUCUUUGGAGUUCGUCGUAAAAGUUGGAGAGCAACAGCUAAUACAACCAGAAACACCGACCCCCUACGAAACAAAGUAUCUGUCGAACAUCGACGACCAGGCCGGACUCCGUAACCACAUCCCUUUUGUUCACUUCUACCGCGGUCGUUCAAGGGAUCGGUGCGACCCUGUUACCCGUCUUGCAUGCGGCGGAUUUGUUCUGGCCUACACUUUCAAUCACUGCAUGUGCGACGCAGCCGGCGCCCUCCAAUUUCUUACUGCUGUAGCCGAGUCCGCGCGCGAUCCCUCUAUUAACUCGCCUUCCCUACGUCCGGUGUGGUCUCGUGAAGCCCUAUCGCCCCGAUCCCCUCCUCGCAUUUCUUUUCCUCACUAUGAAUACGAUGAUUCAAUCACUAACCUCAAACCUGGACCGAUGUACUCCCCUUCUCACUUCCGUCGCCUCGCCCAAGCCUCUCUUUUUCUACCUCGUGAAACUGUUUCGACUCUUAAGCAUCGCGCUGCGGCUGCGGCCUCCUUCGAUGCAGUCGCUGCUUGUCUUUGGCGCGCACGAGCUCGCGCCCUUUGCCUUUCAGGUCGUGAUCCUGCGUACUUUCUCUUUCCUCUCGACACUCGCUCUCGCGGCACCCCGCGCCUUCCUCGUGGCUACUACGGCGCUGCUGUCGUCUUUCCCUGCGCAACUGCCCUUACUUUCGACCUAUGUCGUAAGCCGCUCCGUUAUGCUUCUAGUAAGAUUGCCACGACGAAGCAGAUCGCGUUGGAGGAUGAGUAUCGGGCGUCGGUAGUGGACUUCUUGGAGGGGAAAGGAGGGAAUGUAGGCUUCCGAGGAGGGGAAGGGGUGUUCGUCGUGUCGGAUCAGAGUCGACUGAGGUUUGCCGAUGUCGACAUGGGUUGGGGCCGGGCAGUGUAUGGCGGUCCGGGGAGGGCGGGGACUGGGGCGGAGCCUGGGAUGGUGGCAGCGGUGGCAGCGCACCGUCGGGAGGAUGGCGUGGAGGGGUUACUCGCCAUCUUCUCUAUUCCUGACGAAGCAAUGGAGGCAUUUAAGCGGGAAGUGUGGGGCAUGAUAGAAGGCACUAGCGAGGAGGAAGUAGAAUCGGAGAAGCCGUUUCGCUCCGCUUUGUGA